AGAUAAGGAGUUCUCCGCUACACCAGUCCUAAGAGGAGGCCUGUGCUUGGCGUGUCCUUCUGAGGAGAUGGCUUCCAGAUCAUUCCUAACGGCUCCAAAGAAAGGGAUGACAGAGUUUUUGAGCAGAGGAAAUCUGUCCCUUCUAGAUAUGUCUCUAGAUGACAUUAUACUCCUUAAAAACGUAGGAGACAGCAACACUGACAAGAAAGAGGACAAGACUGAGUAUGAUAUAAAAAUGCCAGGAGCUUCAGGAGAGCAAUCAAAUGCUCAUAAGGAUCACUGGAAGAGAGGUGAUGAAAGAAACGCUGAGGAAACAAUGGAAGACAAUUCUCUAUCUGAAUCUGAACAAAGCCCUCCAAACCAGGAGCCUUUAAAAGAGCAGGAGAAAUACAACGUUGGUUAUAAGGCCCAAUCGGAAGCAAAAGAGCAUCAGCCAAAAGGAAAUCAAGACAACUUAGAGAGAUCUCAUGGUCAAUCCAAGAGAUCUCGUAGUAAAUCCGAGAGAUCUCAUGACCACUCAAAGAGAUCUCAUGGCAGUUCAGAAAGAUCUCAUGCCCACUCAGAGAGAUAUCAUGGCCGUUCAGAGAGAUCUCAUGCCCACUCAGAGAGAUAUCAUGGCCACUCAGGGAGAUCUCAUGGUCGCUCAGGGAGAUCUCAUCAUCACUCGAGGAGAUCUCCUGAUCAAUCAGAGAGAUCUUAUCGCAAGUCAGAGAGAUAUCGAAGACACUUUCCAGGAGGAGGAUUCAAAACAUCAUUCGAAAGUGAUUCUCAAUUUGACGGAGAUUUUUCAAUAAAAAGAAAAAAUGACUACUUUUAUGAAAAGAAGCUUCAAAAAAAUGAUCCACUGGAAAUGCAUCGAGUGAUAACUCCAGAAGAUGAGCAUAACUCCUAUGAAACCGAAAGAAGCUAUACAAGACACGUGAGUCGUGGACAGGAAAUCUUAUUUCUAAAGAAUAGAUAUACUGGGGAGGGUUCUCUGUACCAGCCCAAAGGAGUAUACCUGAAUUUCAACUUUCAAGCACUGGGAAAUCAGACUAAGCUUUCACUCAAUGCCAGAUUCUCUAAACUGAGAUUUAUGAGAAAACCAGUUUCCUUCAACUCCUGAA